GAGGGGAGGACAAUUUCCUUUCUGUAACACACACGCUACAAGAUCACACCGGGAGAAAACCGAGAGAGCAAAGAAAAUCAUAGGCGAGAGAAAGAGAGAGAGCGAGAGAGAGAGAGAGAGAGAGAAGGAAACACUGCAGACCCUCCGUCCGUCCGUCCUUCCGUCCGUCAGUUGUGUCUUUUUUGCGGGGCUGAAGUCGUUCUUUUUUUCCCCGUUCACGCAGACUUUGCGGACUAACAUGGGGGGAAGAGAGAGCUCCUGACGAGGAUUUGACUUUCAAGUGAAAACCUCUUUGCUCUGUGCUGCAAGUCUGUGGCGGCUAAUAAGAACAGGAGAGAGGAAGAGAAAAAGGAAAGGCGACAGGGAAGACAUGUUUGAGAGGUUUUUUUUUUUUCCCUCUCCCUCUCUCGUCUUGAGGUUGCGGUAGGAUGUUGAUGUUGCUGUGCUCCUAAAAAAGAAAAAAGAAAAGAAAGAAAUACACAGACGGUUGACCAGUUGAGAGAGGAAAAAAAAACACAAAACAAAACAAAAAAAGAAGAGGGCACUGGGAAAUUGGCCGGUAGGUUUAAUGCUCAGGAGCCAUUGUUGUGAUCGAUGUUUAUUUAAUUGGUUUGUUAUGAUCUGAAAUAACGUAGGCCUCUCAGGCAGCCCCGCAGUAAAUACUGAUCCACGGUCAGCAAACAAGGGGGGGCUACAUUAGCUGCAAAUAUACCUGACAAAGCUGCUUAUAAUUUAAGUGUUUUUUGUGUGUUUAGUCGCGCCGUGUAAGCAGGAUUUCUGAACCCUGAACAUUUUCCAGAUACAUCCACUCUGUCAGGGGGUAGGGGGGUCAUUCAAAAGGCCCAGUAGAGAAAACACAUUUAAAAAAAAAAGAAAAAAAAAAAAAGCUAAUUGGCAGCAUUAAAAAAAAAGACUUGACACUGUCCACAGACUGGCUGUAAGCACAGAGGUGCACACGAGUAGAUCCAGUCGUAUUCCGGACCCCGUUUUUUUUUUUUUUUUUUUUAGCUCAGGCAAAGGGGACAAAAGAAGAUUUUUAAAUGUUAAUGUCGACCGACGUUGCAUCCAUCAUGCUGCCUGUGUCCCGGGGUCUCAUGGACCGGGAUAGAGAGCUGGACACCAUGGCCGGGGUGCAUCCCAACGCGGGCGGUGCUCCUGCGGUUGUCCGGGGCAUGAAGCGCGGAGACCCGGAGCCCGACGGGCAGACAGCGGCCGCUCUGGUGGACUCGGCCGGCGCGGAGUGCAAGCGUCCCCGGAUCGACGGCUCGGGAGGCAUCGGCGAGGUUGGUCAGAACAAUGACCCUUUGACCCUUGGUUACCAUGGCUACCCAUCUCAUAGUCAGGGCUCUCAGGAUAGUGCUGGCGGUCAGGAGGGACUCGUACCACCACCUUUCUCCGCGUUCCCUCCACCUCCACCGCCGCCCCCCCAAAACGGCCUGACCCUGGAUUACGGGGGUAGCCUGUACGCAGCGGGGGCCGUCCAGGGCCCCGUGGAAGCCGGCGGAGCAGUGAACAGCGCCGCCAACGCUGCCAACAGCCUCAGUGCUCAAACAGAUGGGUCCUCCCAGAUUGACGGUCAGUCAGGGGUCGGCUCAGGAGGAGGAGGCGGUGGAGGGACGGCGGGGGUCGAUACAGACGACAAGGGGACCCCCAAACGCCUCCACGUGUCCAACAUCCCCUUCCGCUUCCGAGACCCAGACCUGCGGCAGAUGUUUGGGCAAUUUGGCAAAAUCCUCGACGUCGAGAUCAUUUUCAACGAGAGGGGAUCCAAGGGCUUCGGUUUUGUAACGUUCGAGUCGAGCGCAGACGCAGAGAGGGCCCGAGAGAAGCUUCACGGUACGCUGGUGGAAGGACGUAAAAUCGAGGUCAAUAAUGCCACAGCCAGAGUGAUGACCAACAAGAAGAUGACCACCCCUUACUCUAACGGAGAGGGUCUCGCAACUCUGCCAUACGCUGGAUGGAAGUUGAGUCCCAUGGUUGGCGCCAUGUACAGUCCUGAACUCUACACAGUACCGGGGUUUCCAUACCAAGCAGCAGCAGCAGCUGCCUCCACCGCCGCGACCUUUCGAGGCGCUCAUCUCCGGGGUCGUGCCCGGCCUGUCUACAGCGCAGUCAGGGCAGCUGUGCCACAACCUGCCAUCCCGACUUACCCGGGUGUGAUGGCCUAUCAGGAUGGCUUUUACGGUGCAGCUGAUCUCUAUGGAGGCUAUGCGGCGUAUCGUUAUGCCCAGCCGACUGCGGUAGCGACUCCUGCAGCGGCGGCGGCUGCAGCGGCAGCUUACAGUGACAGCUACGGACGAGUUUACACAGCAGAUCCCUACCAUGCUGCGCUUGCCCCGGCUGCCUAUGGUGUCGGAGCCAUGGCCACACUGUACAGGGGAGGCUACAGUAGAUUUGCCCCUUACUAAAGACACUACAUUUCCCAGGAGCUCCACUCUUCCAUUGAAUUACUCUGAACGAGCUCCCUCUGUUGUCGUGGAGGUGGACUGCACCCAGUUUUAAAGUGUGGAGUCGACCACAACAAAGAUAUUUCCAGAUCCCACCCCUGAGCAGUCCCACGUUUUCUUAUAUAUGCUACUACAGAAAUAGAGGAAUGCUGUAUUAAAGACUGAUGGAUGGCCUUUACAUUAAAAAAAAAAAAAAAAAAGAAGAAAAAAAAAAGACUCAAAAUGGCCACCUUCCCUAUUGCACGGCUGUAUCAUAGUCCCCUUCUUCUUAUUCCCCCGGCACUCAGCAGCACAAGACUCGGGAUGGAGGCCAGAUGUUCUUCCAAAGGCUGUGUGGAUCACUGACAUUUUAAAUAGCUGUCAACCAUGUAUGAGACAGAGAGGAGUGCUGUGUUUGCCGGCACGCACUCGACAUUUAAGGAAACAGAGAGGGGAAGCGAGCAAAUCAAAGUGUCCACAAAGCAUCGGAGCAGGAAGGCGCGUCGAAAGAGCGCCCGCAAAAAAAACAUUUUGAACCAGAAUGACGAGUCACUAAUAUGAUUUGAAAAAAAAAGAAAAGAGAAAAAAAAGAAAAACACCCACUGAUGGAUUUUUUUGUAAUUCCUCCUUUAAAGUGGGCAGAUAGUAAUGAGAGAGGAUGUCCAUUCUUGCUGUGUUCUGGUAGAGGGAGGCUGAACACGGCGGCUUGGAGGGACGAUGUGACGGUUUAUAACGCUACAGAAAUCACGUCCGAAAGCUGAAGGAGGGAAGUUUUAUUAGAGCUGUUCCUUACCUCAAGUUUUCUUAGUAUGUGGAAAUGGUGAACCUUUAAACUUAAAAUUGUUAUGAUAUGCAAAGAAAUUAGUUUAGAGAAAAAAGUUACCAAAUUAUUAUUAUUAUUAUUAUUAUUAUUGUAAUUAUUCUCAUUCUUAUCAAACCAUUAUUUUCUUUGACUCAGCAGCCACUGCUGUCAUAGGACAUGUAGAUCCAACAGUGAACCUCGGGGUUAAAAAUCAGUAAAAUGAGCGUCUGUACGACAGAUAUUCCACCUUUUGGCUAUCUGACACGAUUACAGUAGAGUUUCACAUCAGCUUCACUACCACUGAACACUACGAAAAAGUUCAACACUACACUUCUUUUCCUUCUUGAAUUGAUUUUUAGCUCUAGAUCCAAACUCAGUCAUCCACCCACGACCCCGGGGUUCAAGUACUCGUUGAUCCUUUAAUGUAGAGAUUUAUUAUUUGGAUUUUUCCCCUCGCGCUCCAUCUUUUAUAGAGCAAAGUCCAACAAUGAAUGAGUCUUCCUGAAACAUACUUUAGUUGGUUAUUGUGUUCAAGAUGCUGCCAGCAGCAAUUACUGAGCAAGAGAGAGAUUCUGUCUGUGAGUGAAUAGAAAAAUAUUUAAAUGCAAAACACCUUACUAUUGUGCAUAUUUCUAUACCGUUGUAUUCUAUAUUUCCAAGACGUGGCUUUUUUUGGCUUUUGUUUUUGUUCCAAAGAUUUGUAGAAAGCACAUUUUUCUGCCGUAUGUAUAAAUAUAUUAUCUUUGUUAUUGUUAUGAUCAUAAUCCUUGAUAAUCCUAUUGCUGUCUUUAUUUACUUCUUUUUCAUCUUCCAUUUGUCUCUCUCUCUCUCUCUCUCUCUUUUUAUUUUUAAAUAUCUGAAACUGUUGAUCCUUUUUCAUGAAGGUGCAAGUUCAAUUUCAGUUUUAUUUUAGAAUUAUUUUCAUUUCAUUUUGGUGGACAUUUGGAGCUGAGAGUGUACCUGAGUGCUGACCUACUAAAGGUAUGCUUGUAACACUACAAAGUUUUUGUCCUUACGGUGAAAUAUUCAGUCAGUCCAUGCUACCUUUUAUUUGUGUUUGUUUUUGCUUUGUUGUGGGUUGAUCAUAGGAUCUGUCAGCAUGAUUAUAUUUCAGAUUAUACAGGAACGGCUGGAUUGUUUUUCCCUUUUUUGUGUCCAUAUUUUGCAGGUGACUGCAGACAUUUUGGAUUGAAUGAACAUAGGUGUGUAGCACUUUUGGGCAAAACCAACUGUGUUUCUUUCUUCUUGAGUUUUCCCUGUAUUUUAUGACUUUUUUUGUCUGUAAACAGACUCCUUACAUUUCAGUGGUUAAAUCUGUAAGCUCGGCCCUUGUGGUUGCUGCAGAUUUGUUUUGAAGAUACCCGGUAAACGUCUGAAAGUGUUAGCCUAUCUCUCAUACAUUAGCAGGUUAAUAUUCCUACAUGGUGAAAAACAAAAUGUCAUUGUGGGAUAUGAUCUAAAUUUUGUGUUCAAUGGAGCCGUUAUGUUUUUGUUUUGUUUUUUUUUCCUUUUGAUUUCGACUGUUAACUAAUUUCAAAGCUACCAUUGUGUUUUUCAGUUCUCACACUUGGAAAAACAUGCAGGUCAAGGUCUCUUUUUCUCUAUUAAAUGUGCUGCUGUUGGAUUUUCUCAUGACAUUUAACAUUUCUUUUUUUUUAAAUAUCUCCAAGUUAUUAUAGAAUGUGCUCUGGACAAAAAAAUGCAGGGGGGGAGAAAAAAAAAAAAAAAAAAAGAAGAAACCUAGCCAAAGAUGCUAACAAAAAGUCCCCAGCACGUUCUGGUUCCCAACUUGAGAAGUACUACAUAAAAUACACAAAGAUGGACUUAACAAAGCCACUGACGGCAUGGACAAACCAGCAUGAGCGAUACUUGUCAAGUUUAAAAAAAAAAAA